GCGUUCUGCUCCUCCGCUCUGUUCCUCAGACUCUCGUCUCGCUUGUUCCUCAACUUCCGGCGCAAGCUGAACCCUCGGACCCGACCGCGGCAGCCGCCGAUCCAGCCCCCGCCGCGAUGGAAUUCUCCCUCGUCGACGGCGAGAAGUUCUCGCCCUCCUGCUCCACGCUCGUCAUGCCCGCGCUUUCGAUCGGCAACGUGGGGCAGCUCGCCGUGGACCUGCUGAUUCCGUCGGCGAAGGCGAGGCGCGUGGCGUACCUCGACGAGCCCUCCGUGCUGCCCUGCAUCGGCAACGACGCCUUCGGACCGGACGCCGCGGGCGACCUCGCGCUCGCGCUCGAAGAGUAUGAAUCAAUGUCUCAUGGGCUGGCUUUCAUUCAACAAAGAUCUCCAAUUAUUACAGGGAUGAUGGUUUCGUUUGCAAAAAAUGUUGCUAAUUUCAUCAGUAGCAUUGGGAAGGACCAUGUUGUUAUCCUUUCAAGUUUAGACUCUGGCAAGAGAAGAGUAAUUGAUGCAUCCAGUGAUAUGCUGUAUUACCUUUCAAGUUGCAAUGAAGAUGGUUCUGAUCCAGAAUGUGAGAAACUAGGGUGGAAGAAACUUGAGGAAUAUGAUCCAUCUCAACGACUAUGGAAAUGUCUUGCUAGUCUAGUUGAGGGCGGUGUUCUUUUAGAAGACAUGGCUGAUGAUCCUGAAGAGAUGACCAUAAGUGAUUACUAUGCGACCUUGCCAUUUGCAGCUCUAUUCUUCGCCUGCAAGGCCAAAGGUUUGAAAGUUAGCUGUGUGUUAUGCUACUGUUCAGAAGGGGACAAUAUGCCAGAAUCUUUUCACUUGGCAGAGGCAGUAUGCAAACUUCUAGGUCAAGACCCUGAACAGUUCCACGGAAAUGGGUCAAAUGGAUGGACUAUUCCCUUGUCAUGGAAAUCAAUUUAUGGACCACCACCUGAUAUGUCUAUUUUCUAGACUGACUAACCUAGGAUAGCAUCAAAGCAUAAUACAGGGACGCUCAGUUUAGGGAAUAGCGUGCACAAAUGUGUGUGUGCCGCCUUGUUUGCUUCUCUGCAGAUAUGACUAAACUUAAUCCCUUGAAAGUUAAUCUCAUAUCGAGUAUGGCAAUGUUACGCCCAGUAAUAUUUGAACAUCUUCGCUACAAUUUCAUGCUCUCUGGAUUUUUUGUUCAUUGGCUUUGUUUAUUUUUGUUGUUUUGUAUGAAAUGAUCUUUCUUGUUACAAACUGUCAUAUUUUUCAUUUUUAAUGAUAUUAUUCCGCCU